UUGGAAAGCUUGCAGAUUCCACCAAAGCCUUUUGUCUCGGAAUAUCAAGAUAUUGGUACUUCUAUAAGCAAACUAUAAUUGAAGCACAUCUAUGUGAGAUAACAUGAAGAAACUGGGAGCAAUAUGUGCUGCUUUCAUUGUCUCUUACCUCUUCUUCAUUUCUGUUGGAUCAACCAGUGGUGUUGAGGGCAAAGAGAUCUGUCGUUCUUCCUGCGGGUCGCUUCAUAAUAUCAGCUAUCCCUUCCGUUUAAAAGGUGAUCCAGUAAACUGUGGAGAUCCCAGCUAUGAACUUGAAUGCGAUGGUAAUAAAACAGUUGUGGAGAUCCUCUCUGGUAAGUACCUUGUCAUGAACAUAUUUCACGAGAAUGCUACUAUCCAUAUCAUUGGUACUGGCUUUGUGAGCGGCAGUUGCAAUCUCCCCAUCCAAUCUCUGUCAUCAAGAUUCAUACCAACCAGCUACAAAUACUUGGAGGAUCAGAGUUGGGCAACUUUUGUUAACUGUUCAAAGAAGAUAGAAAACAACAUAUACCGUCCUAUUCCUUGCCUUAGCCAGAACAACAAAUUUGUCUAUGUCACAUCUGAAUAUUAUGUGGUCAAUCUUCUUCCUUCUUGCAGUUACCUAACUAUGGUUCCCGUGGACGAUGUUGAUAUAACAACCACAGGAGGUAAUGUUUUUCAAGUCUUACAGAAUGGAUUCAGUCUUUCAUGGAUUGUCAAGAACUACACGAGAUCCAUGGUAAUCCAUCAAUGUCUGAGGACAGCCAUACAGUAUACAAGAGAAGAUAUGUAUGGGUUCACCAAGUUUAAGAAGAUUACAUAUCCCUUUCAAUUUGAGUAUGAAUUUGUAGAGUGUAUAAAGAAAAGCUGGCACUUCUAUGAUGGUGCUUCUGCUCUCUAUAGAUCUGCUCUUGUCUUCAUUGUGUUUCUAGACAUUGCGGCAUUUCUACUAGUACUCGCAAUUCUGGGUAGAUUUGUAUUUGGGACAUUGACCAUAUAUGCGUUUCUUGCCUACCAACUCUGGAACCUACUUGCGCCGAUAGACACCGUUGAGAGAUUUCUGCGCAACGAGAAAGCGUUAAUGCCAUCAAGAUAUGCCUACACCGACAUCAUAGCAAUGACGAGACAUUUUAAAGAAAAAUUAGGCCAAGGAGGCUUCGGAGCUGUUUACAAAGGAGAGCUCCCAGGUGGCCAUCUUGUUGCUGUCAAGAUCCUGGGAAAUUCCAAGUGCAAUGGAGAAGAAUUCACAAAUGAAGUAGCUACCAUUGGAAGGAUUCACCAUGUUAAUGUGGUUCAUCUUGUAGGGUUUUGCUCAGAGGGAUCAAAUAGGUCACUCAUUUACAAGUUCAUGUGCAAUGGGUCUCUAGACAAGUACAUCUUCUCUUCAAAUGGAUCAAACAAACAUUUCACGAUUGAGAAACUCAAUGAGAUCGCAUUGGGUGUGGCUAGGGGACUUGACUAUUUACAUCAAGGAUGCGAUAUACGAAUUUUACAUUUUGACAUUAAACCUCACAAUGUGCUCUUAGAUCAGAAUUUUAACCCAAAGCUUUCAGAUUUUGGGCUUGCGAAAUUGUAUCCGAAGGAAAACAGCCUUGUCUCUGCUUUUGCCGCGAGAGGGACGAUAGGGUACAUGGCUCCUGAACUUGUAUCUAGGAGCUUUGGUCUAAUAUCUUACAAAUCUGAUGUUUAUAGUUUCGGGAUGCUUUUGUUGGAGAUGGCUGGUGGGAGGAGAAACGUUGAUCAACGGGCAGAGAAUUCAAGUCAAGUUUACUAUCCUUCUUGGAUCUAUCAUCAGCUUGAACAAACAGAGAAACUUGAAUUCUGCAACGAUAUUGAGAUCGACAAUUUGGAAAGAAAACUGUGUAAAGUGGGACUAUGGUGUAUUCAGAUGCGGGCACCAGCUCGUCCUUCCAUGAGCAAAGUUGUAGAGAUGCUUGAAGCUGAUGGGGAUACAAUCGACAUGCCACCGAAGCCUUUCCUAUUUUCUUCUCCAAGUUCAUCUACAAAACCGUCCUCAGUACACCCCUCUCUCACAGAAAUAACAACCAUCUAUGAGGGUGAAUGAAUUAGUGAAUGAAUUUCCCUUGAGUCAUCUAAAAGAGAUCCAUGGUAUCUCCUACGUUGUUGCUAAUUUCAUGUUUCUGCAAUUUUCAUUGCUCUGUUUGUAAUUGAUGUCUCAAAAUUUGGAAAUAAUAACGAAAAAUUUGGAAAUAAUAACGAUAUAAUUUUCUA